CGUUGCCGGUCAGAUGCAUGCAGCUCAAUAGAUUUAUUUUUUAAAAUCCCCAUCUAUUUAGUAUUCAACAUUAUCACAUAUUUGUUACCUUUUUUCACCAUUAUAUUCACCUUAAGAAAUUAUAAAAAGUUCAUAUUGCAAAUUUUCUAUCAUUGUACUGCAAAAAUAUUUGCGAACGAAAAUAUUUGAAUUACCAUGAUAAUAUUACAUAUUAGAAAAAAAUGAUUAUUUUUUGAGGGAAAAAAGUUCACAUUUUUACCUAAUUUUCGGUUCAUCUAUAAUUUUUCAUUCUUUUAUCUAAUGUACAUGACUCUCCUGCUUUUCACUCUUUACUACUUAUUAAUCUAUCUAACGAGUGGUCUCUGGAUUCAAAUGGUAGAUGGCGACGAAAUAGUCCCAACUAACGGCGUUGAUGGGGAACAGAGGCUGCUGUCAAAACUCAGAAGCAGCAUCCCAUCCAUGUGGCCGCCCGUAGAUAUGGUCAACAGAACUGUUUUCAUCUAUGUUGAUCUAUUCAAGAUACAAGAGAUCCGGGAAAGACAUGGAUUGUGGACUGGCAAGUUUUUUGCCUAUUAUUACUACUAUUCACCAAGUGCGCAGUGGAACAAUAGCGAGUACAACAACGACACAGUGACGUCAUUGUUUGUUCCUCGGGGAACUUUUUGGACGCCUGAUAUUAUUGUUCACGAGGCUUCCGAUCUGAAGUAUGAAGCUUUCGAUAGACAGGUUGUGUUUAACUCUGGAAUGAUACUGGCAUACACUUCUCUUAUGACAUAUCAGAUGAAUUGCUUGUUUGACGUUUCUCAAUUUCCAUUUGAUUCUCAGCAGUGCAUAGCAACAUUCACCACUCAUGCCUCGCAUCCUUGUGACUACAAUUUGGCUAUUGAAAGCCAGUUCUUCCCACCUGAUGAAAACAACAUAACACACCUCCCUUUGAUAUACUUUGUCCCGAGUGACCAGUGGCAGCUCGAAAUUCCAGUUGAAAUUGAAAUGGAUCGACUAAAAGCAAAACUAGAAGAUCAGUUUCGACCAGUUAUCAGACUAAAGAUUAAUUUACAGCGGCGUCCUUUGUUUUACAAACUGGUUCUUGUCUAUCCUUCUGUGAUUCUGUACCUGUUAUCACCCGUCACUUAUUUCAUUCCUCCGGACUCUGGGGAGAAAGUAUCUUUUGCAGUGACCAUUCUACUCACUGAAGUAGUCUCCUAUGCGACUUUGGUAGAUAUUCUGCCUGCUAGUUCACUUAAUGUGCCAUAUUUGGUCUACUUUUUGACAGCUGCUACCUUGCAUUUGACGUGGAACUGCGUGACUGCUGUCAUAGUGGUGAAUACUCAUAAAAACUCUCCCGUCUUCAAAUUGUGCUACUGGGUAGAGAGAAUAAAAUCCAGCAACUGUUUAAAGUACUUUGGAUACGGAACCUUUGCCUCAAAUUCAUCAUUCACAUUAAAUGGAUCGAAAGAUAUCAUUUUGACGAGUAUUGCUGCGGCUGGAUCGGAAUCAAAGGGAGUUCAAUUGAAUGAACCUAAAGGCACCAAACAAAAUGAACAAAGACAUACAAAACAGCCAACAAAAGAUGAAACCGAAACAGACAGCGAUGCUUCUGCCUUAAAGUGGCGAUAUUUGGCAGCUUCCCUGAACCGAGUCUUUUUCUGUUUUCAUGUUUUGGUCACUGUUGUUGUAUUGCUUCUAUUUUAUUUGUUCAUUGAGCCUUAUUGAACAAAAAUCCAGAAAAACCCUCAUCCAGUGUCGGGUGCUCAUCUUAUUUUUUGACUUUAUCGACAAUAUUCGCCAUGUUUUGACGUUUUCGACCAAAUACACUGAUGCUUCGACCAUUUCGGUUAAACUCCGGCUAGUUUGGACAUUCUAGAUCAAAGAGUGCUCGACUUGUCUCGACCCAAGCCAGAUAUGUUUCGACAGUCUUGGCCAAAUUCGAGUUCGUUUCGACGUUCUCGACAGAAGAAAAAUAUGUUCCAGCUUAGGAAAUGUUUCGACCGUUCUCGAUGUAAGUUUUGAGUUUGCGCUUGGCCCAACCCUGCCUUCUUUUCAGUCGAGCAAUGAAACUGUACUCAACUUUGAAAAUCGAAAUAUAAAGUGAGCUCCUCGACCCGGGGUAACAAGUAUUUGCAAUAAAGCAAUCCACCUCGACCAUAAAAUAAUGAGUGCAGAUA